CCAUAUCUGCCGGUCUCACUCUCUUCUCGUUACCAUCUUCAUCGUUGCGCCGCAUCGCUGCCUUCGUCGCUCUCCACUAGGCAGCUAUCCCACGCAUAGUAAUGACCCGACUUUCCGACGAUAACCUUUCUGAUCCUAACGACGAAGAUUUCAACGCGCUUUUUGACAGGGUAUGGGAAGGAUAUUCACCCAGUACAAGUGCGAAAUCAGAUGUUAAUGGCAAUAGAGUAAAUGGGAGCAGACGGUCUCUGAAUAAUGAUCCACAAGACUCAUCGCCGGCGUCAUCGCCAUCGAAGACGGUGGCAGCGAGGCCGCCUGCAAGAGUCCGGCCAUUACCUCCAACUCCUGGCUCUUCUACCACAACUUCGCCCAUUUCGCAAGAUCGUGGUAUUCGACAGACCAGCUUUGAUGGUUAUGUGUUGCCAGCAGAUUCGACGAGCCGGCAUCUACCACCACCGCCAGGAUCCUCUAUUCGUAUUUCCGACUCUCCCUCCCUUGCACCUUCGUUCCACUUCGAUGGGCCCAUUGCAGACUAUCUACCAUCUUCCAAUGGCACACACAUCUCUGGUGCUAUGACUAAUCCACAGGGUUCCAUAAGGCCGGUGGCUCCAGGGUCCCAGUCGGUCCCAGCUCAUGUCUAUGUCGAGUCUCCAACUGCCAACGUUCGUGACCAUGAAGACACACCAGUAUAUAGCUCUCCAACUUCUCAGUUUUCCGCGGCCGGAUUUAAGCAAGGCAGUACGUAUUCGACAAGUCCGCCAGAGCCUUGGCUUCCUCAUGGUGCACCAUCUUCCUAUGAUGGAUAUGUAGAUAGCUCUGUAUCUGGGUCGUCAGGUUACCUGAGUUCCCACUCCCCUGCCGUACUCGCAGACACCGCCCUUGCUCGAGGUGAUUCAACAGGAUCCCCUGCCGAGUCUGAUCAUUAUUUCGCGUUUAGUGGGUCAAACGCAAACGUUGCAGGACCGAGCACUUUCAGUCGGAGACCCACCGACCUGCUCCAAGUGAUUUCGACGUAUGAGGAGGACAAGACGUCACAUAUCGAGCUGCAGGCAGAAGAAGAGGAAGAGGAUCAGUACUGGGAGGAUGACGAAGAGGACGAGAACCUUUUCGUGAACUUCUCCCUCUUAUCUCAUAUUUCUGUCCAGCUGCGUGACAAAGUACCCCGAGGGACUCACGUAAAGGGAAGUAUCCCUUAUCCGCGCGCAUUCACCGGAAAAGAUAUUGUGUCUACGAUACAAUCUCAAAUACAACGAGAGUUGGCAAUAAACCAUGGCUUUUCAACGAGCGAUCGGCGGGCCGCGCUUCAAGUUGCUCGAAGUCUGCAAAGCCAACUAUUUUUCUAUGAAGUUGAGUGGGGAGGUCAGGUGCUGCAGGAUGGCGUGGAGGACGUGUAUAUGUUUCUGGAUGAUCUUCCUGGAGCAUCGGAUGAACCUCCAGAGAGGGCAGAACUUCCUACAGGAGUCGUCACUGUUCUGACAAAGUGCUAUUCUCCGGGAUGCGACGAAGGAUCGGUAUGUUAUUCUCCUCGAUGUCCACGCAAGGGCGAUUCGGUAGUCGGCCCCUCCACUGGACCCGAAACUACUACAGCGGUAGGCAGGCAGGAAUGGAUCAACACAGUACCACGGGAAGUCUUAGUCUCACUACCUGAAAGCGAGAUUAACCGGCAAACCAUAAUCCACAAACUCAUUGAUAAGGAAGAGCAAUAUAUUCAGGACUUGAAUCUUGUCGAAUCCGUCUUCAUUCGACCUUUGCGUAAUGCUAGUCCUGCCGUCAUCCCCUCCUCAGAGUUGGACGACUUCAUUGACGAAGUCUUUGGCAACAUCUUAGAUCUUCGGGAAUGCAAUCGCAGACUUCUAGAGGUCAUGUAUGUACGGCAGCGUGAACAGUCCCCGGUCAUACAGCGCAUCGGGGAUGUCUUUCUGGAUGCUGCCACCGAGUUUCGGUGGGCGUACCCUGUCUAUAUCGGACACCAUCCUCUAGCCGAGAAAAGGCUGAAAGAGGAGAUGGAAAACAAUUCCGAAUUUCGACUUUUCAUCGAGCAAUGCGCUCGUGAUACUGUUCGAUCUGGAGAGUCUAUGCGUCUGGAUUUGAAACUCCUCCUCAAUCGUCCUUCAGAACAUUUGCAAAAAUAUCCAGUUUUGUUGGAGGCCGUUUACAACGAGACCGCGCACGGCAAUCCCGAUGGUGAUUUCUUACUGGAGGCCAUAGGUGCCAUCAAAAAUCUGCAGUCGGUUGCACAGCUGCGCACAUUCCAGUCUGCGAUGGGUAGAGGUGCUCCCGGCAAGUGGGAAUGGCAUGAUCUCGUCUCGAAUGAGCUCCGACAGAGCUUGACCAAAGACGAAUGCAAGCGGCAGUCGAUUAUAUUUGAGCUUAUCAAAGGUGAGAUGGCAUACGUCAAAGAUUUAGAAAAUAUCGAUGUGAUGUACAUUCGCCCACUGCGUGCUGCUGAUCCGUCUAUCGUUCCUCGAGACGCACUCGAGAAGUUCAUAACCGACGUGUUCCACAAUUUUGCUGAGUUGCAUGCUCACCAUCGACGGUUAGUAGAAAAGUUUCAUGAGAUUCAGCGAGAGGAACAUCCGGUCAUUCGAACGAUCACUGCAGCGGUUUUUGAUGCCGCCCUGAACUUCCGGGAUGCAUACUUGGAGUAUAUCCCCAAUUAUCCCAUCGCAGCUUAUAGGAUUGACGACGAGAUGGCUAACAACCCAGCAUUCAAGCAAUUCGUCGAGCAAUGCGUCAAACACCCUGAUGCCCACCGAUUGGAUAUGAAGAGCUUUAUCAAUCGUCCAAUACCUAGACUUCUGCGAUACGAGCUUCUGUUGAAGGGUAUUUUGGAUGAGACUCCACCGGGCCAUGACGAUAAACGCGAGAUACCGGAGGUCUUGGAUGUGAUCAAAGCACUCGGAAAGGAUACUGAGCCUGGUGUUGUAUCGGCCAAGCAGAAAGUGGAACUUUGGCGGUAUAAUUCGAAUAUCACAUUCAAGAAUGGGGAAUGGAUUGAUAUGGAUUUGCUCGAUGACAACCGAUCUUUGAUUCACACCGGUAAGCUCCUUCGGCAGCCUGAUGGUGGACUGGAAUGGAAUGGAUGGAGCGAACUCUUUGUUCUUCUGUUCGACAACUACUUGGUUAUGACGAAGCCUAGGGAAGAUCGUAAUGGUGUCCUGAAAUAUCAUGUCAACCGUCGGCCGAUCCCUCUUGAUUUGUUGACGCUUGUCAAUUUCACUGACCCGCCUGCUCAACGUGGGACUGGUCUUCUGCGGAAUCUUCGAGGUGAACGGCAUGAUUCUUUGACUGCAAACGCCGGAGUUCGGUCUCCCGAGAGCGCUUCGGAUUCGCGAUCAGUGUUUCCCUGCACCAUUCACCACAAUGGUCGGCUAGGAGGAAACUACAUACUCUACGCAGAGUCUGCCCAAGUACGCUCGGAAUGGAAGCAGAAGUUGGAAGAGGCUAUGGGACUUCGCAAAGUUGUACAAGAAUCUAACAAGGUCUUCGAAGUCGAGACUCUGAGCUCGGACACAUUUUUGGUGCCUUCGAUGGCGUCAGGUCAAACAGCGCCGUCAUGGAAUCUUGAAAACUCCUUCACUGGAAAGGUCACUUGCUCCGUUCCCUUUAAUACUUCGGAUGGACGAGGACUUGUGGCCAUCGGGUGUGCUGAAGGGGUAUGGAUUGGUUUCAGACAUGAUUCACGAUCAAUGCGACGAGUGCUUCAUCUUAAGAUGGUCACGCAAUGUGCCAUGUUAGAAGACUUCGGCAUCUUUCUGGUAUUGGCUGAUAAAUCCCUUUUCGCGUACCACAUAGAGGCAUUGGUGCCUUCAUCACCGCAGAGCAGCCAUGCCUCCCAGACUCCUCAAAAGUUGAACGGAAGCAGAGAUGUUUCGUUCUUCAGCGUUGGGAUGUUACAUGGUCGCACGUUAGUAAUCUAUAUGAAGAGAAAAGGCCUUGAGAGUAUUUUCUACGUCGUUGAACCCGUUGUAGAUAAAAUCAACGAAAAGGUCAAGUCUACACCCGCCAUCACAUCCCGAUUCGGAUUUCGGACACCUAAAUCGGACUGGUUCCGACACUACCGGGAGUUUUUCGUUCCCUCGGAAGCCUAUGAUGUCGUUUUCCUCAGAACAAAAAUCGCUAUUCUUUUCACAAAAGGGUUCGAGAUCAUGGAUUUGAUGGACUUCAAAAGUAGAACUAUUCCCACCCUAAAAGAAGGCUAUGCACCGCUGGCCAAACGAUGUGAAGGGUGUAAACCAUUAGGAAUGUUCCGGUGCAAUGAGCUCGAAUUCCUCCUAUGUUAUGACGAAUUUGGUCUCUACGUCGACAAACAUGGAGAACCUAGCCGACCAACGACCGGUACCAUUGAAUGGGAGGGCACGGCGGAGCGUGUUGCCAUUCAUUGGCCUUACAUCCUACUCUUCGACACACGUUUCAUCGAAGUCCGACAUAUCCGAACCGGCAGGCUGGUACAGAUCCUCCCAGGCCAUAAUAUACAUUGCAUCUGGGAUGGUCGAGGCACAGACUUGGCGAGUGCCAACAUCGCUACGCCUGAUGUCGAUGACGAGCGCAUGAUCCAGGAAGCACGCAUCCAUGCCGUUUCCUCCAACGACAGCAUGUUUACUGGCCGUCACUCAAGAGCUGUGGCUCAGCACGUAUUCGAGCUUAUCCCUACCCUCCCACUCUACCUGCCCGGAUCUCUUUCAUCUCCUUCCACUUCUACUUACUUCCCCCGUACUUAUUCUCCACCUCAUUCGCCCCAGCUUCGGGCAAAUCACUCCUUUAGUGCAUAUUCAGUCUCAUAGGAUACCAGGGAUUUUUUUUGAUAUAAUUUAUGGAAGAGC